CAGGCCCGUCCCGGCCGCCCCAGCUCGCUCCUCGGGACCUGGAGGGCUCCGGCAGCCAGCUGGGAGCAGUCGGCGUUUCCUCGGGGCCUGAGCCCCGGAGAGUAAAUGGAGGCGGGGGAUUGGUCUGUAGCCAUGGGCCGAGAAACCUCAUGAACAGAUAUUCACAAGAGAGAAACUACAGGCUACUCUUUACUUAGGAGCCAACACAAGGGUUUAAUCCUUCUGUCAGAGCAUCGAAGUUAAAACAGUUCCCCUACUGACCUAGCAGGGUUUGUGCUGCUGUUUCAUUUGCAGUGAUCAUAAACCAGAUGCUGCCAGGCUCCCCCCGCACAGCGUGUCCGGCAGCAGCUUGGCCAUGGGAUGGAGAACCCCAAGAAUGUCCACAGCUGUGCUCGGGUUUCCCAGUUCCCAGGACCUUUUCCAAGGAAGCACCCCUGCUAGAGAAAGAGCCCCUCAUAUAACAGCGUUCAAAGUGGUAACAGCACAAGUUAGGACCGGCCAUACAGCAGAGGCGGGUCACCUAGGAAGUGUCCCGGGGUGGGUGCAGCGGGCGGAGGGUUUCCAUGGCAGGACAGUGGGCCUGCGGGAGCGAUCAGGCAGACACCAGUGAGAUCAGUGCACACACAGCGAGGUCUGCGCACACAGCGAGGUCUGUGCACACGCAGCAAGGUCAGGCAGACACCAGCGAGAUCAGUGCACACACAGCGAGGUCUGUGUACACGCAGGGAGGUCAGGCAGACACCAGCGAGGUCAGUGCACACACAGCGAGGUCUGUGCACACGCAGCGAGGUCUGUGCACACACAGCGAGGUCAGGCAGACACCAGCGAGAUCAGUGCACACACAGCGAGGUCUGUGCACACACAGCGAGGUCUGCGCACACACAGCGAGGUCAGGCAGACAACAGCGAGGUCUGUGCACACACAGCGAGGUCUGUGCACACACAGCGAGGUCAGGCAGACUCCAGCGAGAUCAGUGCACAUGCAGCGAGGACAGUGCACACGCAGCGAGGGCUGUGCACACACAGCGAGGUCAGGCAGACUCCAGCGAGAUCAGUGCACAUGCAGCGAGGACAGUGCACACGCAGCGAGGGCUGUGCACACACAGCGAGGUCAGGCAGACUCCAGCGAGAUCAGUGCACAUGCAGCGAGGACAGUGCACACGCAGCGAGGGCUGUGCACACACAGCGAGGUCAGGCAGACUCCAGCGAGAUCAGUGCACAUGCAGCGAGGACAGUGCACACGCAGCGAGGGCUGUGCACACACAGCGAGGUCAGGCAGACACCAGCGAGAUCAGUGCACACACAGCGAGAUCAGUGCACAUGCAGCGAGGUCUGCGCACACACAGCGAGGUCCGUGCACACACAGCGAGUUCCGUGCACACGCAGCGAGGUCCGUGCACCGCAAAAAACCUAAGCGAUGCCCAAACGUUAGCCAUGGCCCCGGCCUUGCUGCUCUGGGGCUUGGGUCAGAGAUUCAGCGAAGACUUUACAGAAGCCGGUAGGGCUGGCGAAGCUGUCAUUCAUUCCCUGUGUUUGGAGUUCAGUUGCAGCGCAGGUUGGUGAGGCCUCCCCUCGACCCUCUCGCUGAGAGGGCAGGAGCGCUCGCGCUCAGAAGGGAAGUGUAAUGGACGGGUUUUGUCCCGAGCGAGGCCAUGGGGCGGAGCUGUUCUCAUGGUGUCUCC